AUGCCUGCUUUGAAAGGAAAUGGCACGGUGACUUCGUUACCUCCGCCGGAGCCCAAGUCGCCGCCGGAGCUGUACGGACGCCGGAGGGAGCUGGCCAAAGUACAGUUGGUAGAGAGAGAAAUUGGUUUUCUUGAGGAAGAACUGAAAUCUAUCGAGGGACUUCAACUGGCUUCAAGAUCCUGUAUAGAGGUUGUAGAUUUUGUGACGGCAAAUGUGGAUCCUCUCAUACCAUCAACCAAGAAAACCCGCAGAUCAUGCCGGUUCUGGAAAUGGCUCUGGGGAAAAUUAUCGUGUUUCAAGCAAAUGCCGCAACACAUACAAGUACAGAAUCGACUUUUGCAGCUGCUGCUCGGCACCAAAUUGCCCGUCUUGCCCGACUUGCUCUUGCACAAGCUGUAUGAAAUGUUUUAG